UUGGAAGAUGGUUCCGAGUCUUGAGUUUAUCUACAAUGCCACAAAUGAUUUUGAGAGGUUUUGAUAUAAUGUCAGCAAGUGCUUGUUUUCACAUCAAGCUCCUGUUCUACAGAGUAUGCAUCUCGUAAUGAACUUUGAUAAUGCCUUUAUUAUGGAUAUAGGGAUAUUGAUGGGAAUCGCGUUUGGAAGCCAACUGCGUCAGUUGGUACUCGAAGUUUACUGUGGGAAUUUGUUGAGAUUUCCUACAAGUUUGUAUAAAUGUGAAACUCUAGAGACCUUGGAACUCAGUCAUCACAUUCUUAUAGAUGUCCCUUUUCCGGUUUGGCUCAAGUCUCUUAGAACUCUACACCAUCACAAAAUGGAGUUCAAAACCGAUGAAUCAGUUGUUAACCUUUUAUCUGGUUGUAUUAGCCUGGAAAUUAAUUUGGUGAUUCAUCAAUCUACAGAAUUUAAUGUGAAGACUUUUACUAUUGCGGUACCAUCCUUGCAGAGGCUAAUACUUAUUGUUGAGUAUGAUGAAGAGUUUACUGUCUUUGUGAUAAAUGCUCCUUCCUUGAAAUAAUUGAAGAUUGAAGUCCAACGUCUUUCCUUGAAGGUAUCAUCACCCUUGGAGAUUACACUUCCUCCUAUCCGUAGUACCUUUUAUCACUUGACACAUUUGGAGCUAUCUGCGUAUAAAACUGAUUGGUGGAAUCUACUUACGCACAUGCUCGAUACUUCUCCUAAUUUACAAUUCCUCAAGCUCAUCGGUUUCAAGUUGUCUCAGGAAUGGAGGCCUUGGCCGAAAUGGAAUCAACCAAAGAAUGUUCCUGAAUGUUUGUUGUUCCACCUCGAAACAUUUGUGUGGACAUAUUACGAAGGGAAACUAGAAGAUGAGAUAGAGGUGGCGAAAUAUAUCCUAAGGAACGCAAGGUGUUUGGAAAAGGCUACUUUCUCCAAAAUUGAAAUUAGCUCGGACAAGAGAGUUGAGAUGGUUGAGGAGCUCAAAAGCGUGGUCAGGGCUUCGAAUUCAUGUCGGCUUGUGUUCAUAUGA